CACCACAAACAUUGAAACAUACAUGUAUAUAACAUAACACAUAACACAUAACACAUUGAAUAAUAAAUAAAUUAAUAUUGAUGGAUGGAGUGGUCCGUCAGCCGGCCAAUUACGUGCCACUCUCUCCAAUAAGCUUCCUCAACCGAUCUGCGGUUGUUUAUCGAGACCAUCCUUCAAUUGUUUAUGGAGAUGAAGUUAAAUACAAUUGGGGAGAGACUCUUCAAAGGUGCACCAAACUUGCUUCUGCUCUCUCUCAGCUUACCAUUUCUCGUGGAGAUGUUGUUGCGGCAUUGCUUCCAAAUGUUCCUGCAAUGUAUGAGUUACACUUUGGAGUUCCAAUGUGUGGUGGAAUUUUAUGUACCCUUAACAUACGACACGACGCUGCAAUGAUAUCAGUCUUACUUGAACAUUCAAGGGCAAAACUCAUUUUUGUUGAUCAUGAAUUCUAUGAAAUAGCCUGCAAUGCUAUUGAAAUUCUAUCCAAGAACACAAAAUCUUAUAAUAAUAACCUUCCAGAAAUCGUCUUAGUUGUCGAUAAACAAGCAGUGGAUGAUGUUGCAUAUCCAACACCUCUUUCAGGGAAUAAGUUAGAAUAUGAGAGUCUUAUUAAGUCAGGAAAACUUGAUUAUGAAGUUUACAAACCAAAAGAUGAACUUGAACCGAUUUCAUUGAAUUACACAUCAGGAACCACUUCGAGGCCUAAAGGUGUGGUGUAUAGUCAUCGAGGUGCAUACUUGAAUUCCUUGGCUGCAGUCUUGUUGAAUGAGAUGCUCUCAAUGCCUGUCUAUUUAUGGACUGUCCCUAUGUUUCAUUGCAAUGGGUGGUGUCUUACGUGGGGUGUCGCAGCUCAAGGUGGCACUAAUAUAUGCCUCAGGAAUGUAACUGCAAAGGGAAUUUUUAGUAAUAUUGCAAACCACAAAGUAACUCACAUGGGUGGUGCACCUACUGUUCUUACUAUGAUCAUUAACUGUCCAUCUCAUCAUAAGAGACCUCUUCCUACAAAAGUCGGUAUAAUGACAGGCGCUGCUCCACCACCUCCUGAGGUUCUCUUUAAAAUGGAAGAUCUCGGGUUUUCUGUCACCCAUUCUUAUGGAUUGACUGAAACUUAUGGUCCAGGUACAGUUUGUGUAUGGAAGCCAGAAUGGGAUGCUUUGCCUCCAAACGAGAGAGCGAAAAUCAAGUCUCGGCAAGGAGUGCAUCACAUUGGCCUAGAAGAAGUGGAUGUGAAAGAUCCUGUUACCAUGAAAAGCAUGCCUUCAGAUGGAAAAACAAUCGGCGAGGUUAUGCUGAGAGGAAACACUGUAAUGACAGGAUACUUGAAUGAUAUACAGGCAACUGAGGAGUCUUUCAAAGGAGGAUGGUUUCAUAGUGGUGAUUUAGGAGUUAAAUAUUCUGAUGGUUAUAUUCAGUUAAAGGAUCGUUCUAAAGACAUUAUAAUUUCAGGUGGAGAAAACAUAAGCACAAUCGAAGUAGAAUCAGUUAUAUUUAGUCAUCCUGCUGUUUUAGAAGCGGCUGUUGUUGGACGUCCUGAUGAUCACUGGGGUGAGACACCUUGUGCAUUUGUCAAGCUCAAAGAUGGACAUCAUCAUCAUGUUACUUCUGAUGAUAUAAUUGGGUUCUGUAGAGAUUCACUGCCUCAUUAUAUGGCUCCUAGAACUGUUGUUUUCCAGGAUUUACCAAAGACAUCAACAGGUAAGACUCAGAAGUUUCUUCUUAGAGAGAAAGCCAAGGCAAUGGGGAGUCUUUCUCACAACAAAACAAGCAAGCUUUGAGGAGCACAAACAAAAUCUUGUAUUUUAUUGUAUUGUUUCGUCAAGCGUUGUGGUAUGAUUGAUGAUCAACCACAAAAUCUUGAACCCUAUGUCCUUUAUAUAAACUAAUUUCAAUUUAAAUCAUUGUCUAAAUUUUAAGGAAAA